AUGGGCAAUUGUAAUAUUAAUGAAAAAAAGGAAGAUCUUAUGGAAAAUAAUGUGGUUUCGGUGUAAAAUUUUCAGUUUAUCGAUGCAAUCGGAAGAGGUGGAUUUGGGAAGGUGUGGAAGGUUAGAUAAAAGAAAAAUAAGCAAUUCUAUGCUCUAAAGGUGAUGUCUAAACCAAAAAUCAUUCAAAAGAAGUCGGUAUAGUCUGUGAUGAAUGAAAAGACGUUAUUGAGUGGUUUGAAACAUAAUUUUCUGAUCAACAUGCAAUACUCCUUCCAAGAUAGAGAAUACUUAUAUUUGGUGAUGGAUUUGCUCUCGGGAGGAGAUCUGAGAUAUCACAUAGGAAGACACAGGAAAUUCAAUGAAGAAUAGACAAAGUUUUUCAGCGGGUGUAUCAUAGUGGCAUUGGAUUACCUGCACCAACAGGGAGUAUUGCAUAGAGAUCUAAAGCCAGAAAACUUGGUGUUUGAUAGUAAUGGAUAUCUUAGAUUAACUGAUUUGGGUAUAGCCAGGAUAUGGAAACCAGAGAAUUCCCAAGAUACAAGUGGAACUCCCGGCUAUAUGGCUCCAGAAGUUAUGUGUAGACACAAUCAUGGUGUAGCAGUAGAUUACUUUGCUUUGGGAGUGAUCAUAUAUGAAUGCAUGUUAGGCAGAAGACCAUAUUUGGGAAGGAGCAGACAGGAAAUACGAGAACAAAUGCUUGCCAAAUAGGCAGCAAUCAAGAGACAAGAAAUUCCUCCAGGAUGGAGUUUAGAGGCAGCUGAUUUUACAAAUAAACUUUUGCAAAGGAAGCCACAGAAUCGAUUGGGUAACAAUGGGCCAGAUGAAGUGAAGGAACACCCAUGGUUUAGGGAUUUUAGUUGGGAAAAGCUUCUGACCAAGUAGAUUAUUGCCCCAUUCAUCCCUAAUGGCAAUGAAGACAACUACCUGCCUUCUGAUAGUAGACGAGACUCUGAUGAUUCCAUUAAUGAAGAGUAAUAGAUCAUGUUGAGGAGGAAUUCAGUAUAAAAUCUAUUUAAUGGAUAUGAUUUUGAUAAUAACCCUGUGAGUGUUCCUAGUAGUUAAAUGGUUGUGUCGAGCACUUCUUCAUCUCGAAUCACCAAAUAACCAACAACUACUAAUACACCAAGAUCAGCUAAGUUAGCAUAAAAGCUAAAAAAUUGA